CGGUUGCCAUUCUCACCCCCAUACAGAACUCCAGAAACUCCUCAGCUCACCAAACCAGUAGAAGAAGCUUCUCGACUCACUGCAGCAAUGGCGAAGGAUGUAGAAGGCGGAGGCAACGAAUACAGCGCCAGAGACUACCACGACCCGCCGCCGGCGCCGCUGAUUGAUCCGGAGGAGCUUGGCAAGUGGUCGCUGUACAGAGCUGUUAUCGCCGAAUUCAUCGCGACUCUUCUCUUCCUCUACGUCACCGUCCUGACGGUUAUCGGCUACAAGAGCCAGAGCGCCGCCGACGAGUGCGGCGGCGUCGGAAUUCUAGGCAUUGCUUGGGCGUUCGGCGGAAUGAUUUUCAUCCUCGUGUACUGCACCGCCGGCAUCUCCGGCGGACACAUCAAUCCGGCGGUGACCUUCGGACUGUUCCUCGCGAGGAAAGUCUCGUUAGUCCGAGCCGUACUGUACAUCGUGGCGCAGUGCUUGGGCGCCAUUUGCGGUUGCGGUCUGGUGAAGGCGUUCCAGAAGGCGUAUUACGUCAGGUACGGCGGAGGCGCCAAUUCUCUGGCUGACGGGUACAGCACCGGCACCGGAUUAGCGGCGGAGAUAAUCGGAACAUUUGUACUUGUUUACACCGUCUUCUCCGCCACCGAUCCGAAGAGAAGCGCCAGAGACUCUCAUGUUCCUGUUUUGGCACCACUGCCGAUUGGAUUCGCCGUGUUCAUGGUUCACUUGGCGACAAUUCCGAUCACCGGUACUGGAAUCAACCCCGCCCGGAGCUUCGGAGCGGCUGUGAUCUACGGCAAGGAUGUGGCCUGGGAUGAUCAUUGGAUAUUCUGGGUGGGGCCAUUGAUCGGGGCCGCCAUUGCAGCGAUCUAUCAUCAGUACGUGCUUCGGGCUGGAGCAGUUAAAGCUCUGGGAUCGUUCAGAAGCUCUUCCUAUUAAAGUUAAGGUUUGAGAAUCGAAAUGUAAAUUUGAAGAGAGGACAGGACACUGUUUGUUUGCCUUCUGUCUUCUGUCUUUUUAUAUUUCUUUGUAUUUUGUCUUUUUGUUGUUUAUGUUUGAUGCUCUUUUUCAAGUCAAUGAUCAAAGCAAUAAUGAAUCAAUGAAUGAAAAUGAUUGUAAAUGA